AUGGCGAUGAUCCCAGACUUCCUUGUCACCAGAUACCUCACAAAACUAACAGAUUUACUUGAGGGAGAGAUCUGCAAAGUGCUCGGCGUGAAGGAAGAGAUCAAAAAGUUUCAAAGGAGAUUGGAAAGACUCAGCCCCUACCUUCAGGAUGCCGAGCAGAAGAGGCACCAAGAUAAUCGAGUGAAUACUUGGUUGAGGGACUUAAAAGGCAUAGUCUACGACGCCGAAGACAUCAUCGAAUUCUGUACGAUUCCAGGUGGCAGCGAGUUAAUGAGCCUUCAGCCGUUGUCGUCGUCUUCUACACUAGUAAGUCGUCCCUUCACUCUGCUUGCUUCUUGCUUUGCAUGUACCAAGUUCCGCCAUGAAAUUGCUGUGAGUUUUGAAAGACUUAAUGAUAGACUGAAAGAGAUUAGAGAUGAUAGUGAAAUAAUAACAGGAUUAGUGCCCUUAAUGAGCCAUCAAUGGCUGCAAGAUCAUCCAACAAGUCAACGUUUGACCACUUCUUUGGAAGUUAAGGCUGACAUCCUAGGGGCAAAGAUUGAAGAUGAUGCACAAACUCUCAUCCGCUUGAUACUCAAGCAUGAUCAUAAAGAUAAUGGUGUGUUUGGGAUAGUUGGCAUGGGUGGUAUUGGCAAGACCACUAUGGCUCAUAAAAUUUUCCAUGACGAACGAAUCAAGAAUAAUUUUCCAACGCGUAUAUGGAUAUGUGUGUCCAAGAAUUACACUAGGAUAGAACUGUUGAAAAUUGGACCAACAAACAAGUAA